ACAAGGAAGAAGUUUGAUUACCGUAGGUAGUUUUUUUUCGUAAAUUUCUACAACGGUGUUUUGCUUUGUUUUUAACACGCACUACGGAAUAGAAAUUAAGGCCAAAUCCUUAAUUUCUGCAACUAGUCGAUCCACAAUUGAGAUAUUAAAACGCAAUAUAUUUAGAAAGAGUAAAAAGAAUUUCCAACAUGGUUUCUCUGGCUGAUUAAUAAUUAAAUUUCGCCUUGCAAAAAUGGACAUGUUUGCAACGUAUGAUUUUUAAGUUCUUAGAGAAUAUCAGCGGAAGAAAAUGGAUUCCAUACGCAAAUGGUUAUAUAAGCCUAAAAGAGAUGAUAAAUCUUUAUUGGCUCAAUUUUUUUAUGCGGAUGAAGACUUGAAUGGCGUAGCCAAUGAACUAGAUAGUUUCGAUGGAAGGAAAGAUCCUGAACGCUGUACAACAUUGGUAAAUCGGUUGCGGCAGGCGCAAGAUAAAGUUUUAACCAUAACUAAUGCCAUCAUGGAUGUAUUAAUAGGAGAUGAAAGAGCUAAUAGAGAUUUCCGAGUUAAGUUUCCUGAAGAUGUGCUUCAGGAUAAUCUAGCUGGGCAAUUAUGGUUUGGAGCAGAGUGCCUAGCAGCAGGUUCUUCUAUAAUGAACCGCGAAGUAGAAAGUAUAGCCAUGCGUCCAUUGGCUAAAGCUGUAACAAAGAGCUUAGAAAAUGUCAGGAAUCUUCUCAGAGAUUCUUGCCUCAAAAACAACAUUCCAAAUGGUCCUCUGCGACUAGACUCUAAUGAGUUAUUCACGGAGAUGUUACUGGAAAGUUUAAAAAUUUUUGAUAGGCUUUUUGCAGAUUUUGAACUCGCUUAUGUAAGCGCCAUGGUUCCUGUAAAAUCGACCCAGGAAUAUGAACUGCAAGAACUUAUCGGGGUUCUUUUCUCAGAAACAUUACAAAGAGCCUUAAAAAUGAAGUUGCUUACACAAGAGAUGGUGGACGAUUGUGAUCCAGCCCUCAUGUUUACUAUUCCUCGACUCGCGAUAGUGAGUGGCCUUUUAAUAUUUCCAAAUGGACCAUUGUGUAUUGACAAACCUGUAGAUGAAAUGAGCGAGAUGUUCCGACCUUUUAGGACUCUGUUGCAUAAAAUUCGGGAACUGAUGUGGAUACUAAAUAAACGUGAACUCUACAUGUUAGAAAAGCUGUUAUGUGAUAAUGAAGAAGUUACUAAUGUUAAGUUGGUUUGUGAUGUUAAUGUACAUAGUGAUAUAGACGAUUUUAUUGCUGAAUAUUACGAUUUGCCUUUUAAUAAAGAUUGGUUGCCAACACAGUCACCAAAAGAACCAAAAGAAGCACUUAAAAUGCAAUCUGGAGAUAAACUUUCACAAAACAAUAUAGCUCUAUGUGCAUUAGACAUUCCAUCAGAUGGGCCUUCAACAUCAGGAUAUUUGAUACCAAAAAGUGUGGUUAGGAAUACAAUAAUUGCUUCUGUGUCUCCAAAUCCAAAUAAUAAUUUAGUAUGUGUUGAUUCUCCACCUGAUCAUGAUUCCUUAGAAAUUAUAUCAGUUGCUGCAGCAACUUUGUCAUCAAUUCUAAAUACUAGCGAAAGCCAUGAAAGCAGAAAGUUUAGCAAUGAAGUAGAAUCUCCUAACGAUUCAGGUAUCUGUACAGAAACAACUAGUUUAGAUCGGUCGCCCACUCUUGAUCCAACGGAUGGAAAAAAUAACAGUUUCGCAAGACGAAGCAGAGGGAAUAUAGUUUCAGAAUCCUGCAAAACCAAAAAAACCGUCCCAAUACAGCGCAACGAAAAAUUGUUGAGUGCUGUUGAUGAAUAUGCCUAUUCUAGCAGUUCAGAAACUUCUUCUUUUAAUAGCGCUUAUGCUGAUGAUGAAGAAAUAGCUAUGGCUGUGAGAGCGGCCGAAAUAGCAAACAGAGAAGAGCUAAGAGCUAAGUAUAGAUCCAGCGAAGACCUGAUCCAUCGCCUUUUUGUAUGCAUUGCUGGUGUCGCCGACCAGUUGCAAACCAAUUUCGCUUGCGAUCUUCGCAAUAUUCUGCGUUCAGUUUUUCUAAUAAACGCAUCAGAUUCUUUUUCGGUGGAACCUACAAAAUCGCUUGAAACUUCGUCCUUGGAAGCAUCUAUAGAAUACCAUCCAUCAGAAGAUGAGAUUAUUGAAAAUGAAUUUUCAGUCGAUCCGAAUAUUUUGGCUCAAGAAGCUUUGUUCGACACCAAUGUAUAUUUCCACCUCGAGACUGAUGGAUAUCCAACUGAUUACACAAAUCAUCCAAGACACCAAGAACUGAAUGAAAGGAAUUUGAAUUCGUUAUCUUCUGAACUUAACCGAUAUGCUUCCCUGCAAGAGGAUAUUGCGCAGUUGCAUACGUCCAGCCCUAAUACAUCAGAUCCAACUUACUUUGAACGACCUCCUAUUUGGAUACCUGACGUGGAGGCACCAGAAUGUAUGAGCUGCGGCACAAAUUUUACUGUGAUGAAAAGGCGGCACCACUGUCGAAAUUGUGGUAAGGUGUUCUGUGCAAAAUGUUCAUCGAACAGUAUACCCCUGCCUAAGUUUGGCAUCGUUAAACCUGUUAGGGUAUGUAACAAGUGUUUCAUUUACAAUUUAACUCCCUUCACUAUGAACAAUAGAGUUGAAUAGUGUUUGGAAGGUUGAUUUGGGCUUAUGUACUUAACGGCAUUGAGAUUAUUAUGGGUUUUAAGAAUUUAAUUUUAAGGACGAAUCUGUUGCCUUUCCUGACUUUUUUAGUUGUGCCUGUGUUUUUAUUUAGUUAACAAGCUUAAUUACAUUCCACGGUUAUAUACAUUUAACAAAUAUACAGGACUUUUUUGAAUUAUGAAAGUUCAUGCUUACAAUCAGUUAUUUGACGCAUUGCUUUACAAUGAUGUUGCAAGUUGUACAAUUUUUGACUUAACUAUUUAAGACUAAUACUCGGUGCAAUUUGUUGCUCAUUUUAUGUUGUUCUGGAAACAUUAAUCAAUUGUUUUCCUAAAUUGGUUGUGAAAAUUUCUAUACACUGCAUUAAAAUUUUCACUUGCAAAACUCAAACCUUAUUCAACUAAUAACAUCAGAUAUUCGGACAAUGAUUCCAAAAUCACUUUUAAAAGUUUUACCUCCCAAAUUUGCAAGGAAAUACAAGCUACUAAAUUGUUGUGUUAUAGAAUAUUAAAAAUACAAAAAUUACUUAUAAAAAUUUAGUAUAAUGUAUGAUACCAGGUUGCCCUUUUGAAAGAUUGUUUUAAUUGAAGGUUUCAAAUCAGUAUUUUCAUAUUUUCUAACGGGACACUUGUGUCGUCAAUCUGUUUUUCAAAUUGUAUGUUAUACUCAACUGACUAGAACUGCAACUGCAACAAAUUUAAAAAUUUAGUUACACAAAAUUCUGCCAUCUAAUAUCAAAAUAUUUAUUUGCCAUAAAAACUGUGGAAUUUUAAAAAUUGGCUGUAUUUUUAUUUUAUUAUAUUAAGAUAUUGAGAACAUUAAAAGCCGAAUCGGCUACAUAAACGGUACGUAGCCUGGCAGACUUCCUUUCACCCUUGUGACUCAUGCUACUGAUAGCUCACUCAUAUAAAAAUAAUUUAUUAAAGACCAAAUUAAUUAUGUUAUAUUAAACCAAAUAAAUUAAGUUUUAACAGUCAGUUGUGCCUAUAAAAAGUUGUAUUAAAGUAAUUUGCGAAAAUUUGGAUUUAUCUACUAGUUCAUACAUUCAAAAGUAAUUAACAUUCCAAAAGAAACAGUUUUGAAGAAAAUUGCAGAAUUGGGAGUAUAUCAUUUCGUAACGGACAAAAAUGUUUUAUUGUGCACAGAAGGGUGUCGUAUUGGAGGCUGACUGAGAGUCCGACAUUCUAACCUCUGGAUACCGUAGAAUAGGAACACCACCGAACAAAACCCUGUUGCAACAUCUUUUUCCCUUUUAAAUGAACAUAAGGUUACAAAGUCUUUUAGCUAAGCGGGCUUUUUCUGUUGGCGCAAUGAACGUUUAUUUGCUGCGGACUGUUAUAUGGGCGCACUUUGUUCUAUUUUCCUUUCCGACACCGAAAAUUUCGAUUUGUGUAGAAAGCCCUACCCACCAAAUACUCUACAUUUUGUUAUGCCCUGAUGGCCUAAACGAAUGAAAUCCAAAACUUGUUUUUGCAGAGUGGGGGGAAUGAUUGUACACGUACCUUUAAGUAAGAAAUUUUCGUUCAUAAAAAUAUCAUGUUUAUAUUUAUAAUAAGAAGUCAAAUUGGGUGAAAGUUGAUGCUUUUCAGGCCAACCCGUAGAGCAGUACUCGAUCAAUUUUUUACAAUUAUGAUUUUUCCUUUGUCCCUCCGCGAUAAGUUUUAAAAAUUUGUCUUGAAUUGGUAAAUUUUUUAUUGUCAUAGAAACAUGUGUCCCAACUUCGCAACUCAUCUGGUUCAGUAUGCUUCGAAGGAUUGCGACUUAACGCAGCAGGCACAGUCAAAUCUUUAACCGGUGCAUAGAGAACUGUAUAAGUAUAUCGCAUUAAUCGAAUUCUGAAACGCUGUAAUCGGGUAUUUAGAUCGUCUAAAUUUUUUUUAUGGACAAAAUUUGAAUUAACGGUUUGUGGUCUGUUUCUAAAUAUAUUUUUGGAUGUUCCAAAAUAUAAUCCCUAAAUUUAUCACACGUCCAAGAUAAUUCCAAGCAUUCUUUUUCAAUUUGCGCAUAGCGUUCCUCACUCUACGUAAGAGUUCUGGAAGCGUAUGCCACAAUUUCUUUGUUUUCAGGAUCGUCAGUCUGAAAAAGUGCUGCACCUAAUCCAUAUGAACUCUAAUCUGAACGGACUAUUAUUUGUUUAUUUGGAUCGUAAAAAGCUAAGCAUGGUGAUUUAUUCAGUAAAGAUAUUUUCUGAAAAGCCUCUUUUUGAAUUGAUCUCCCUGUGAAGGUUAUUUUAUUUGUAAGUAACAUAUUUACAGGAGCUAAAAUUUCAGAUUUAUUUGCAAUGCGAAAUUGACCGUCCCCAGCCAUUUUUCUAAUUUACGUUUGCAAGUUGGCUCAGGAAAUUUUAAAAUCGCGUCCACUCUAGAAUGUUCAAUUUCUAUUCUUUGUUCAGAAGUCCAAUGACCGAAAAAAUUGAUUCUUGAAACCCCAAAGAAACAUUUUCUUUUAUUUAAGUUACUUAGUUUUGACAAGAUGUGUCUCAAUAUCUUAUCGUGUUCUACUAUCGUCGAUGUUGAACAACCUCUUUUAUUAUAUUAAAAUUUUGUUAAAUUUCAAGGUGAAAUAUUCUGGAGCGCAACUAAUUUCAAAAGGUAAACAAGGUUUUGCUCCCUCCUUAAUUUGAAUUUCAAUUUCUAUAUUUUUAUUUCUAAUAGACAAGUUAGGAAAUUCAGAAAUUACAUCUACUUUUGUUUUCUCAUCCGGCAAUACCUCUUGAAGACUUGGAGUUGACAUGCGAUUUCCAACUUUAAACUACCGAUUACAUGUAAAGAUUGAUCCGAUAUGAUGUGUUUAUUUUUUUUUUUAAGUUUUUCUGUAAUAAGAUGUACUGGCAUUAAAGUCACAUCGGUUCCCGAGUCUAGCAAAAACUUAAUUUUUAUUUGAAGACCCUUUAAUUUCGGAAUUAGAUUAGAUUCGUCAGAUUCCUUCUUCACUGCAUUUCUUUUUGCAAACCUUUGCCCAAUGUCCAAUCUUCUUACAAUGUGAGCUUCUCUUCCGAGCUGGACAUUUUUCCCGUGAGUGUCAUUUCUUGCCACAGAAAGAGCAUACUGUCACUUCUUUGUUCGGUGCCCGUCCAGAUGUCUAUUCCUUAGAAUGUCCUUUGUCGUGAAAACAUUUCCGCCUGCUUGGCCUCCAAAAUUGCCUUUUCUCAAUCUCUCUCAAUCUGUCGCUGACAUUCUGAUCUAAAAUAUCGUCAACAAUUCGAUCUCAACCAAUGUUUCUGGAAAAUGUAUUUGCUUAAUUUGGGAACAGCAAAAUAAUGUUUUCUCGCUUCAGUAUGUCGGUUUUAUCUUUGUUUGGCUUGGUAUUAAGCCCAGUUACCGCUGGAUACCUUUCAAACCUUCUUUUCCUUGUUGUCCAACCUCGCCGUUCCCGGAAAUUGAAUUUUUCUGGAGCUUGCAUGUGCACAGCUUGCUUUGAGAUUGUCGAAGUAACUGCACCGCGAUUGGCACCACUACUUUGUAUCAUGUUACCUCCUUGGUUACCAGUCCUUGCUUGACCACCAACAGCGCCACUUUGAUCACCGGCACCUGGUAUUUGACCUUCUGUUGUGUGCGUGAGUGGUCCAAAAACGUCGAUGUUUUCCUGGUCCACCAUCUGCUUACGUCCCCCUCACAACUGUACUGUCUUUUUCACAUUUACAGCUGCCACCAUGUCGUAUUGCAGUCUUUUUAUAAUAAAAGAGAACUCCACAAGUCCUUUAUUUAAACAGCGUCAUGAGGUUUAGACUAAAACGCGCGAGAUACAUGACUGAGAGUCCGACAUUUUAACCUCAAGACCGUAGAAUAGGAAUACCACAGACCACCGAACAAAACCCUGAUGUAACGAAGGGUGUGUUUUUUUUGCUUAACGGUCUCUUCAAAGGGCAACCUUGUAGGAGACAGCGUUUUAAGUAAGUCGCUUAACAGCAUUUUCAUUUAUACGUUCUAGGCACUAGAGUAUGACAUAGUCAUAUUUCAAUUUUUGAAAUCCCAUAUGACAUAAAUUUUAUUGUGUAACAUGAACAUUUCUGGUCUGAAAGGGCAACUAUUUUUUUAAUUAAAAUCAUAUUGUAUCCUAAUAUUUUCUGUAUAUUUUGAGUAGCCUUUUGUGUCUAUAGAUUGUAAAAUUUUAGUAAAUUAUAUUAGAGAAAUUAUUUUUAUAAAUUUGUACAUUUUCUGAUUGAGAAAAAUGUCAAUAUUUCUGGUAAACUAUAUGUUGACGUAAGUGUACCAAAGUGUAAAAUCAAAAUUUUCUCUGCCAAAUUUUCAAGAGAUACAACUGGUUAUUUCAAUUUUUUGCACAUGGUAUAUAUUAUUACUUUCUUUAAUAUCAAUUAAUAAAUAAAUGGUAUGACUAAAUAAAUAACCUUUAGUGGAAGUGGUCCUAAUAUGGAAUUAUAUUCCGAAUUUUAAUAAUUCUUAAUUUGGGAUAUCAAGUAUCAAAGUUUUUUCAAUUGCUACUGUAUUACUUUCCCUUGUGCAGGUUACUAGCUAUUAUUCCCACCUCGUCUAUAAGUUUUACAAUCCAAAACGGAUCCCUUGUUUAUUUGGGGUAUAUUUAUACUAGAAUUAAAAAUUUAAAUAUUUAGAUUUUUAGUAAAUUUUUGUGAUUCUUUGAACGUUCAGUCCCUUGCAAAUCGGCGGUAUGGAAUCUGCUUGCCAAAUUUAAGAAUUCACCCAUAUCUUCGGUUGUUUUGCGGAAAUAGUAAUAUCAAAGUAGGGACUGAAAUAUCUUUGUUUUCUUAAUUUGAUUGUGAUUUGAUUUUCUUUUUGACUCCACCGACGAAAUUAGACGCAAAAAAGCUAACUCUGAUAUGUUGAUAUUUUUUGUGCUAAACAAUGAUAUAACUAUUACGUAGUAAUUUCUUUAAUAAUGAAUUCAUUUUACUUUGCCUACAUUAGCUUUUGAUUAGUUUAUUUUAGAAAUUUUUUUUUUGUUUAAACCAGACAGUUAAUUUUUUUAUACUUUCUUAUAGAGGGCGAUCUAUCGUGAGUGUCCUACUAAAAGUAAUUGCAGAGUUAACACUGUGGUUGUGGUGCAACGUUUUGGUUUUAGUGGCAGUUUUUGCUUGAAGUAUUCAAAUGUGCUAGAUACACUAAAAUUUGCGUGAAAUGAAAUACAAACAGUUACUUUGCCCAUAUUCCGGCAUUUUAUUAUAUAUAUUUUUUCAUAGAAAAAGUCGUAAUAUACUACAAUGUUUUAGUAAAGGAUUUUCAUAUGUCACUUUCAAGAUUACUCACAAACUGAAGAAAACCCCAAGUGAAUUGUAUAUGAUUCAAUAUGUCUUUAGAAAAGGCCAUCAUAUUAAAAAUAAUAAAGCCACAUGUAUGGAAUAAAAAACAAUAAAUUUUAUGUUUAAUUUAAAAUUAAUUUUCUGUGUAAUCUGUCAUUUUUUUGGUAAGGUUUAGUACCAACAAUAACCUGCCCUACCCUGUACUUAUUUCUCCCUUGACGUCGUCUUUAUCCCUGUCGACAUCCUUUACACUCUAAAUACUGCAUAACACAAUAACUAUUAGGUCUUAGGUGUCAUAUCUUAAGAUACCGAUAAAUAAAAUGUUGCUUUCUUGAAUCUUAAGAAUACCCAUCCAUCAUUGUUUGUGGUACAUAAAUACUGGGGCUGUUUGUUGAAAAUGUAUCUUUAUAUCGUACUGGCUUUAUCACGAUUUGUUGUUUAAUUUACAUACAUAUAAUUUAUUUAAAAAUCUUACGUGGAUGGAAAGUGCCUGAUUAUUAAAGGUGAUGAUAAAGAAA